AUUGUAACAAAGGCGAUUAACUUUAGCUAGGUAAUAAAAUAAAUGGUCACUGUGACGUUAUUCGAACGACUGUCAAUCAUAUCGAUCACUUGAAUCGGCGUGUGUAAAAGUAAUCGACUUCAAAACACAAUAGAUAUGUAUAACUGACGUUUUUUAAACGAAAGUAUAGUGUAAAAAAAACAUUGCUAACGCUAGAUAGAUCUCGAUUUCUCCUGUGAAGUUUGACCAGGGCCGAAACAGCUGUUCUGCUGUUGGAUGGUUAAUUUGACAGGGAAGUCGAAGGAUAAAACGAAUGUUUUAUCUAGAUUUAACCCUUUUAAAUGAUAUCGCGAAUAUUCCGUGGCGAAAAUGAGAAUGUCGCAGUUAAGAGAAAACGGCAAAUCGACACCUUGAAAAUUUUUAACGACAAUGUAGUAGAGCUAAGAGAAGAUGUGGAAUAUCAGGUACAAUUCAAUGCCGGGGAAAGGAGAAUGGCUAUUAUGGUCUCUUUGUCACCGGAGUUUCCGUUGGAAAAACCAGUACUCAGGGUUUCUCCACCCAUAAAACACCCUUGGUGUAAUGAACACAAUGAAAUCACCAGUGCACCAGGACUACUUAAUUUUACAGUGCACAGUGAUCUUGGUCGUGUCGUUCAAGCUAUCAUUAGAGAAUUUAGUAAAAAUCCUCCACAGUUGUUAGAAGAAAUCUCUUCUGGAUCUAUCAAGUCCCACAGAGGUACAUACAUUUUUAUAUUACAUGUGAUGAGAGCAAAGAAUCAAAAUUUCUGUUAUUAUUCUUUUAUUAUACGAAUCACAGAUUCACAAGGAAGAAAUUCUCCGUCUUAUUCCCUGCAACAGUAUCCAGAAAUUACACUGGCGUCAUACAAUUCUUAUUACAACACUCAAUAUCCGCAGUAUUCAUCUGCCAAUGCAAAUACUUGUAUCUAUAAUUACAAUCAUACAAAUUCGGGUACGGUGUACGUGACGGAGAGCCAUACAAAAUUCGGCUCUCCAUCACAGCAUUCAGCAUAUGUAGCGACUUCGCGAAGCAGUUCGCUUCACAAUACAGAUGCAACUAGGUACAAUUCAAAUCAACAUGGAACAUAUUUGAAUUCGCAUUACGUAAACGCGAAUUACCAUCAGCAAUCGUUGCCGAAUCAAGCGCAAAUUAAGCUGCGGCAGAGCAUAGCGUUUCCAGAAUUGAAUAACUUAAGUAACGAGGAAUUGAGAUGGUUAAGCGAGGAUGAUGAUAGAGUAGAUGAAUUCCUGGAUAAACAUUCCGACUUAAAAGACAUUAACACGGCUAUCGACGAUGCAAUAGAUUGGGUCCAAAAAACUGCCGAGGCCAAUGUAGCCAAAGAACCCGAGCUUAGAGAAUUGCAGUCUGAUGUAGCCAAUAAAGUACAGACUGUGACUGCACUAAAGGCUAGAUAUGAUCAGCUUAUACAACGAUACAACAAGUUAUCCGAAGCAUUUACUCCGGAUCACAUAAAAGAGUGUUUAAGGAAAGCUGCAGAUGAGAGUCACGAAGAAAGCGAACGAAUCGCCGAGGACUUCCUUAAUAGGAAAAUUGAUGUCGAACGUUUCCUCAGCACUUAUAUCGAGUGUAGGAAGCUGGGACAAGCGAGAAGAACUAAAGAGGAAAAAUUAGCACAUCAGCUGAACGAAUUGAAACGAGCGGGUUAUUAAAAUUAUGUAUAAUCUUAUCUUUUUCUAUGAAUCGAACAAACUGUACAUAAUGCCUAGUUCAAUUAAAUAAUACUGUGAAUUUGAAUAGUAUUCGUGUUUAUCAAAUAUAUAUGCGGUAAAAAUACUCGCUGGCAGAGAACAUUUUUAUAACGUAUUAAUACGUUACUACGUUACAGAGUUAUGUCAUUGCUUGUUAUACGUGGGCUGCGUUGAAAUUAAUUAGAUUAUCUGGUAUUCCGUACGAAAAAUAAUCGAAACUGGAACACACGAGUGAAUUGAUUGAAAUUACUUGUGAAAAAAAAUUAUCGAGUAUAUGUACGAAAACCAAAGGCGCUGAUUUCAACCGGUAAAAGUUAUCAAACAUUUCAAUUAAUUUAAAAUGUACUUAUUUUUCCAUACAAAAGGUGUCUUUUAAAUCAAUUUAAUUAUUUUGUUAUUGCGCUGUGACAUAUUACACUUGCAUCAAUACCAUUCUGAUACAAAAAAAGGAAGUUUUUUUUACUGUGUAAAUAAAUGUGCGGGAAUAUAAUUAAAUCGAUUUUUCAAAGUUUGCUAUUCAGUAAUGUUAAUCUAAUUACUUAUCCUACGAAUGUUCCUAAUAUUGUAAUAUACUGAUAAUUGUAUAGAUACGAGAAGUCUGAAAUGAGAAAAUGCUUUUUUUUU